CUCAUGUGUUUGCGCUAAUUGCGGAGCCUCGCUAUAACAGAAGAUAAAAUGUAGAAUCUGAUGAACGUUUCUCUGACAGAUUUCCCAAUUGUUUCGUUGCGUUAAAACAGCGCAGGGAGGAUGAGGAGCGUUUACGCGCAGUUUCCGCAUCUUCUUCUCACUUGUUUCUCCUCAGGAUGAAAACACAACAUCUCUGGACUUGAAGCGAGUUGAUGUUGGAGCUGAUGGAAACACACGAGUCUGUUUCUCUCCAUCUUUUCUGUUUCCAGUGGAUUUAAUCCUGAUGCGACACUUGUUCCAGAUUUUGAAGUGAAUUGACGCUUAAAAACCAGGCAGAGCAGAAGAAGACCUGCUCCCCCUGCGCUGCCUUUAUUUUAUUUUAUUUGACUCUACUGAACAAUGUGUUUCCAGUGUUGAUCUGAAGGAUUACAGCAGAUUUUUUACAUGUAGACGAGGCUCAGUGUGUUUGAGGGGAUUCGUCAGAGGCUUAUAUAAGAGCAGCGUCAUGUAUGCAGGACGCAAGAGGAGAAAACCGGUCCAGAGAGCGGUGAAGCAGCCGCCGGCCGAAGGGGCCAAAUCCAACCCAUCCAAACGGCACAGAGACCGGCUGAAUGGCGAGCUGGAGCGGCUGGCCAGCCUGCUGCCUUUCCCUGAAGAUGUCACCGCCAGUCUGGACAAGCUCUCCAUCCUCCGCCUCAGCGUCAGCUAUCUUCGUGCCAAGAACUUCUUCACUGUGGCCCUGUCCAGUAGGAACGGAGCAACUCCAGCUGGUGUGAAUGAUGACGACAGUAAAACAGCAGCAGUGGUGGAGACAAAGAUCCCUGAAGGAGAACUGUUGCUGCAGGCUCUUAACGGCUUCGUCCUGGUCAUCACGGCCAGUGGAACCAUCUUCUACUGCUCUCACACCAUCCAGGACUACCUGGGCUUCCACCAGACGGACGUCAUGCACCAGAGUGUUUAUGAACUGGUCCACACAGAGGACCAGCAGGAGCUCAGGAGAAGCCUGCAUUGGGCUUUGAAUCCUCCUGCUGCGGCUGCAGCUGCCAUCACCCAGGACUCCCCCCAAGAGAUGGAACCUGACAGUUGCUCGUCUCUGGUCACCUACAAACCUGAACAGCUUCCCCCAGAAAACUCGUCCUUCCUCGAGAGGAGCUUUGUUUGUCGUUUCCGCUGCCUGCUGGACAACUCCUCCGGCUUUCUGGCAUUGAACAUCCAGGGCCGGCUCAAGUUUCUGCACGGACAGAACCAGCGACAAGAAAACGGAGGGAAGGCCCCGCCGCAGCUCGCCCUCUUCGCCAUCGCCACUCCUCUGCAGCCUCCGUCCAUCCUGGAGAUCAGGACCAAGAACAUGAUCUUCAGAACCAAACACAAGCUGGACUUCACACCUCUGGCCUGUGACGCAAAGGGGAAGAUAGUACUGGGGUACACCGAGGCUGAACUGCGGGUACGAGGAUCAGGGUAUCAGUUCAUCCACGCAGCAGAUAUGUUGUACUGUGCAGAAAACCAUGUCAGAAUGAUGAAGACAGGAGAAAGUGGUCUGACCGUGUUCCGGCUCCUCACCAAGGAGAAUUUCUGGAAAUGGGUCCAGGCUAACGCCAGACUGGUUUACAAGAACGGCAAACCGGACUACAUCAUCGCCACCCAGAGGCCUCUCUUGGAUGAGGAGGGAGGAGAACACUUGCGCAAGCGCUCCAUGCAUCUGCCCUUCACCUAUGCCACAGGUGAGGCGCUGCUCUACCAGUCCAACCAUCCCAUCGCAGGCUUUGGAGACGGUGGCCACGAGAAAAACGGAAGCAAAUCAAAGAAGAGCCGCACUGAACGGCUGUUAAGGGAGGGUCUGGACCCUGGCUCCCUCCUGGGGGCGCUCAUGAGUCAGGAUGAGUCGGUUUAUGUUUGUCAGCCUGCCCUUGAGCCCAAGAUGUCGUUCCACAGCACCUUCUUUGGAGAACAAAUGGGCUUCUCUGACUCUGAACCCUCCAGCUUGCACCAGAGCUGGGACGAGCUGAGCAACGGUGUGGUGGGUCCAGGCAACACAGAGCCGAACACGGGCUUCGACCCGCUGCUGGCUACUCUGGACUCGCUCUCCCUGGAAGGCCAGGGGGUGGUGGAUGCAGACGACGGGGGGUGCUCUAACGGGGAGCUGUUUCGAGCUCUGGAGGGGUUGGGGCUUAGCGCUGAGGACCUGGAGCUGCUAUUGCUUGACGAGCGGAUGAUCAGAAUUGAGAUGGACCCUGAACGGGUGCCCACGCUGGACGAUCUGCUGACGAAUGACGAGAUCCUUUCAUAUAUCUACGACUCCAUAGAGGGAAGGACUGAUUCCGCAGUGCACACGGGCCAGGGGCCUCUUAGUAGCGCCCCAGCCACAGUUACAACAUUGUCCCUUCCUCCCACCUCUGACACUAAUGUGCAAAUGCAGUUUCCUCAUCACAAGCCUCCCCUGGUGGGACAGGCUCCCAUCGUGCAGCUGUCGCAGCAGAUGCAGCAGCACUUCAACAUGCGAACAGGUAAAGUGACGCAUAACUGGGACCAGCAGAGCGACCAUUUGACGAACACGAUAGUUAAUGGAGAGCUGCCGGGGCAAAAUCAAUCAGUUUCUAAUGGUCAGUGGACGCCGCAAGGCAUUGUCACCAGUGUAGGGAUACAGCUGGGACACUUGAACACGCAACAGACUGUUUUCAACGGUAAGGCCCCUGCGGUGGAUCAGCAGCAAACACAUCAACACUACCUUCAGCAGCAGCAGCAGCAGCCCAGGAUGCGGAACCAGUUCUCACCGCAGUGCCAUGCCAAACACAAGGCAUCCAACCUCAAUGGACUGUGUGGCAUCUCCAGCACAGAGCAUGCAGCUGGGAAGUCCCAGUGGCAAGACUACAGAUUCAGCCAGAGUCUGGGCAGCAACACCUGCCUCGACAACAGCCAAAAACCUCUGACAAGCACCUCACUAGAUUCAUGCAUGGAUUAUAGCAUGGCUGACACUGAAAACGCAGAUUACACCAUCAGCGGAAGCGGUUUGUACGAGAGGAGCGGGCAGCAGCACAGGGCUGAGCCCAUGGCCUCAUCUUUCCAGGGGAUGAACCACAAACAACAGCAGGAGCAGAUCUCGGUUCCUUUGGCUCAGGUCAUUUCCGGCCUGUCGCAGUGCCCUCCCGCCAACGCCUCCCUGGAGCAGAUCCUGGGUGUGGCUAAACCUUGCCGGCAGCUAGACCAUUAUGGCAUGGUGACGUCGGAGAGGCCUCACGAUCCCAAUCAUAGCAAGAUGGAGAACGGCUGCAUCCUGAGCAGCACUUACCCAGGAGGCUGUGCUCUGCCCAACGGAAACAGACCAGCGCCCCCUACUGUCCAGAUGCCCGGCCCUGACACUCUGUCAAGCCUCCCCGACCCUCCAGCCACCGGCUUCUACCUCUGACCGUCUGACCAGUGACAGCUAACAGAAACUGAUACUGGCCAGAGACACACAAUGACUGGAGCAGCCUUACAGAAACCAUUACAAACAAAGCUGAACGAACGUAGGCCUAUGUGUAUUUCUUUUCUUUUUCUUUUUUUAAUUUGGAUUUUAUUCCUUUUUGGGGGGAGGAGGGGAUCAUCGCGUUUUAUUUCAAGACAUAUUAUCAUAUGAGUCCUUUGUUUACAAUAAUGCAGUCAAGAGUGCUGAGUGGAGUUUGUUUUAAUACAGCGACGGAAAUAUGUGAGUUUCAUGAGUUCGGAUACAACGCAAAGCACAGUUUAGAUUUUCGAGGCAGGUAAACAUUAGGAUACUGUUGAGACUUCUAAAAUCAAUUAUUUUCUAUAUUAAAAAAAACGCAGGAUUUCGGGUUAAAGUUUGAUGAAACAGUUUGCCCUAAAACAUCUGGAUUACCUUUGUUUUAUUGGUGGGUCAUCCUGAAGUUUGCCGCAGAUAAACAGCAGGAAAUGUAUGUAUUUAUCAGUUUGGUCAUUUUCUAAGAAAAAUACAAAACAUUUCCUUAUUCUAACCUUUCAAAUGUCAGGAUAUGUAUAUAUAUAUAUAUAUAUCUGUAUCUAUCAAAUUUUCCAGAUUCAAAUCAUGAUCUGGUGUUAGAGUUAGGACAAAUGUGCUUGUCUUUGUAUCCGAAUCUGUCAGUGCAGCUCGGUCGAUGGGAGAAUUCAGCUCCGCUCACAGUUCUUCGUCACGCAACAAGAAUGUAAUCUUUCCGUGUUCAGUGAUUUCUUUGUUGAACAGUUUUACUCGUCAACAAUGAGAUUAUUUUUCGUAUGUUUGGAGGGAAAAAACAGUCUAGAAUAUUGAAAUUAUGGCUAGAAAUAUCCUGCACUUUAUUUCAAGCACCCACUUAAUGCAGAUCUGUAGUCAGGGACCCUGGUGAACAACAGACCCUGUUUUAAUUUGGUUGUUGUUUAUCUUUGAAGCAAGAUGGACAAGUUUGUAUUUUUUAUUCCUACUUUGAGGUACAUUUCAGGUGACACAUUAAUGGCCUCACAAGCACAAACACUCCCGUACAAUUUAUUAGUGUCAUCAUUUUCAUCUUUCCCGACUUGAAUUUUUUUUAUGGGUUGUUGAUGUUUAAAAAAUCUUGGACCUCUUGGAUGAGUUUUCUUUUCUUUUUUAAUUUCUCUCUUAUUUUGUUUAAAGUUUAACGGACUUGAGUAGGGGAUUUCACUUUAAUUUUAAUUUACUGUAUUUAUUUAUGUCCUACAGCAAGCAUUCUGGAUUGAUUUGAAGUUAAUGUGUGAAACAGGUUCUUGAACAAAAGCAGUGAUGUAAAAAAAGAAAUAGAAAAUGUCCUCUUCUGUGGUUCUCCUGCGAAGCAGCUUAUUGCUCUUCUGAGGAAACCAAUGAAAUAUAUAUAUAUAUAUAUUUUUUUUUUACAGUUAAUCCAAACCCACGUCCAUCACAGUAUAAA